AAACCUGAGGGGAGAAGGUCGCCGCUCUGUCCCUUCGCCUCCCUCGCUUCUUCGUCAGCGGCUGUGGCGGUUGUGGCGGCGGCGGCGGCGGCUCCAGGAGGAACCCCGCGAGCCCGGGCUAUGACCUGCCUCCCGAGCUACCUGAGCGGCGGCAGUCCCUCCGCCGCCCUCCGCGCCUUGCUCAAGCCUUCCCGGAGGCACCAGCCGCCUGCUCCGCCACCGCCGCAGAGCCACCUCGCCUUAGCGCCCAGCGCAGCCCGCCUGGCCGCGUCGGUGGCUUCAGCCGCCUCCGCCGCCUUCGCCGCGUCCGGGCUCCCCUCUCAGCCUUUAGCGCUGGCGGGGCGGGGGUCUUCGCCGCCGCCGGCUCCGUCUGCCCCUUCCACCUCGCAGCGCUGCCUCAGCUCGGAUGCUUCCUCGGAGCUCCCUUCGCGGUCGGCAGGCGGCGUCGGCGGCGGGUUCCGCCCGGCCCGGGUGGUGGUGGUGGCCAAGACGACCCGCUACGAGUUCGAGCAGCAGCGGUACCGGUACGCGGGGCUCUCCGAGGAGGACCUCAAGCAGCUGCUUGCAUUAAAAGGCUCUAAUUACAGUGGACUACUGGAGCGACAUCGGAUUCAUACAAAAAAUGUGGAGCAUGUAGUAGAUAGUUUAAGGAAUGAGAAGAUCGAGGUCCGACUUGUGAAGCGCAGAGAAUAUGAUGAAGAGACAGUUCGGUGGGCAGAUGCUGUUGUAGCAGCAGGAGGUGAUGGCACAAUGCUUUUGGCAGCCAGUAAGGUGUUGGACCGGUUAAAACCAGUUAUUGGAAUAAACACAGACCCAGAUAGAUCUGAAGGCCAUUUGUGUUUACCUGUACGAUAUACACACUCAUUUCCAGAUGCCCUACAGAAACUCUAUCGUGGUGAGUUCAGAUGGCAGUGGCGGCAACGAAUCCGUUUAUAUCUUGAAGGGACUGGCAUUAACCCCGUCCCUGUUGACUUGCAUGAACAGCAGUUGAGUCAAGAACAGCACAGCAGGGCCCAUGUUAAUGGAAGAUUUCAGGAUCAAAGGUCUCAGAUAUCUGAACCACACCUCUUGCCAGUGAGAUCAUUAAAUGAAGUGUUUAUUGGAGAAUCUCUCUCAUCCAGGGUGAACUAUAAGUCCUGCAAACCCAGUUUUAAAUUCUCCCUUCAUAGGGCCUCUUACUAUGAAAUAUCAGUUGAUGGUGGUCCAUGGGAGAAACAAAAGAGCUCAGGUCUCAACAUAUGCACUGGAACAGGAUCAAAAGCCUGGUCUUUUAAUAUCAACAAGGUAGCAAAUCAGGCUGUGGAAGAAAUCCUUAAGAUUGCUAAAAGUUAUGAGAGCUUAAGCCUUCCAUUGAACAAGGAACUUGUACAGAAAGUAACAAAUGGAUAUAAUGAAUCACUACUGUAUAGUCCAGAGGAACCCAAGAUGCUUUUUAGUAUACGAGAACCUAUUUCAAACCGCGUUUUUUCAAGUAGUCGACAACGGGGUUUUGCUUCAAAAGUUUGCAUUCGCUCUCGUUGCUGGGAUGCCUGUAUGGUUGUAGAUGGAGGAACUUCAUUUGAAUUUAAUGAUGGAGCAAUAGCGUCAAUAUUGAUCAAUACAGAAGAUGCACUGCGUACUGUUUUGCUAGACGAAUGAAGAAAAAGUUUGAACUACUCACAAUUCAAAGAAGGGAUGCUGCCUCAUUUCAGAUGAGAAACUUGCUCUUUUAUAUGGACAGACGUUGGGAAGCAACAAUUGAAACGGCUUUUCAUUCCUUUUGGAUGAGUUAUUUUUGGAAAACCAGUGUUUGUGAAGCCAGCAAAAUCGCGACUCUUCAGAAUCUUAAUGAAUCUGGCAGGAUACUUUAAAACCUAGGGCAGGGCUUGGAACAAAUUGGUAUUAAUAAAUUGUACAGUUCUGUAGUAGCUAUCUAGUACUGAUUCUGCAAAAUGCCUUGACACCCCCCAUAUGUAUUUCAUUGGUUUCUAAAAGCAAAUUAUGUUAAAAGUAAUUAAGCAACAAGGUUAGGUCAGUGUUUGAAUUUAGCUGCCAAGAAGUAACCCUUUUGUAUACACCCGUGAAUUUUACUUUUCUGAUUGGUCAUGUUUGAUUGUAAUGGUUUUCAUUGCUUUAGUUUUUCUACAGUUCAGUACCAUAAACCCAGCAUCUUGUAUCUAAGCUCCCCAACCUCACCAGUUUGAUGUUGUGCCUACCUUCUAUAUGAGGAACCUAUGGCUUUCCAGAUGUUGCUGGACUGCAACUUCCAUCAGCCCUGGCUGGGACCAGCAACAUCUGGAGGCCCACAGGUUGUCCACCUGUUGAAUAGCAAGAAUUAAACUCCCUUGAGAUUAUCCCCACUGCCUGUUGAAAAUCUGGCUUGCCAACAGUUUCAGCUGUGUUUUGAAAAAUGUGUUAAUGGUAGAUUUGUGAUAAAUCUCCCCACCAGAAAGCAUAUGGUAAUGACUUUUGGCACUCAGUCUUGAACUACCAUUUAAUUCGGCACUGUCUGGGUUCCUGAUUGGGCCUCUAAAUUAUGACCCAUGAGUAGACAGGAGAAGUUCCUGUGGUCCAUGCUGAAGCCCCGUUUUUGCUGGGGGAAGAGCGUGAGCAAUGGCAUAGCCAAGUGACGAGGCAAAUUACAAAGCCUCCCAGCAAUGUCAGAAGGAUGCUUUUCUGCCACGCCUUCCCGCAAAAGUAAGUUCCCUGCUUACCAGGGCUAAUUAGUGAAAAUACAUAAUACUAUUCCUUUUAAAAAUGCAGAUGUUUGUAAUACACUGCAUGCUUUAUGAAAUGGGUACAAUGGGGGGGGGACUCCACUUGUGCAGUGAGGAAAUACUUGGACGUUUUGAAAAGUACUCAUUUUUCAAUGCAGCCUGUAUUCAGUGUUUUUUAAAAGUACAUGAUUGUGACCAAUUUGAGCAAAUUUCACAUUGCUGGAACUCCUGUUCUUUUGCUAUGUAGACAAGGCAUUACAAGCCAUAGAACUGUGACUUAGAGCUGACUAUUCACCAUUAUUUCUUUGAACUAGCCAUAUGAUUACCUGUAAACUGUAGUGUAUUGUGUAGUUUAUUGGUUGACGCUACUAAACCCAUGCACAGUGCAGUUAUGUGAGAAUACUGCCUAAUGCAUUCACUGUUUACAUUUUAAAUAGUGGUAAUGAACCCUUGGUGUGAGUCAGGUAAAUGAUGAGGCCUGUUUAAAGUACACAGUAAGAAGUUCAAAUAACCUUAUGUCUUCAGAACAUAACACCAAAAGUUCAGACACAGUUUUGAAAAGAUGGUGUAAGUCUAUUUUACAAGGCCACCUUUUAGGAAAAGAGUCAAGCCCAUUAUACUAGCUCCUUAAACUGCACUGUGAAGAACUUAACGGAGUCUUGAAAGCUCCCACUUAAAAUAUGUAUUGUACAAAAUUUCACAUCAGUCGAAGUAUCCAGUGAUCUGUAUUGGUACGGCUGGGGCUUUACAGGUUGUUUGGAAAGGUAGUGGGGGGUCUACUGAAUUUAGUGGAACUUGCUUCCAAGUAAAUCAAUUUAAGAUGAGGAAUAGUAACCACAGAAUGUGAAAAGGUGCUGUAAUAAUUUGAAAUGGAGAAAGCUGUGAAAUUAGUUCACUGAGAUUGAAACUGUUUUAUGAACUUCACAAUCUAAAUUUUUAAAAUGGCUAAACUUGGGAGCAUGGUCAACCAACAUUAUGGGGCUAAUGCCUGUACUUGAAACAUUCUGAUAAACCUCAGCAGAGCCUUCCCCUACAUAUGCACAUACUCCGGUGUUCAUUCCCACUGCCGAUACACAUAAAGUGAAGGGAUGGGGAAAUAGGGCUGUGUGGGGAUUCUGUACCCAUGAUGCAAAUAGAUUCUUCCACUGUGCCAAAGUGAUGAAGUCUGUAAAGUGUUUUAUGUAAAGACAAGUACUUAGGCAAGAAACUUAUAAAGCUGUAAGCAAGGGCAAUUACUUUCUCAAACUUGGGAAAAGGAUCAAACAAUAGCUGUCCUUGGGGGUGAUCUGAAAUGUGAAUUUGUAGAUAAUGAAAUAAAUAACUAUACUAUUAUUGCACAUAUGAUGUGUUCCUGGGUGCCCUCUACUGGUGUUGAUUUGUGUCAGGCAAGCAUUGUACUAGAGUUUUUUGAGUGUCUGUGUCAAACAUUUAUAAAAUCAUAAGGUGUGGGGGUUUUUUUAAGUUCAGGGUAAACCCCCAAUAAGCUCACUUUAUCAACCGCUCCUCUUUCAGCCAACCCCCUCUCUAAGCCAAAAAAUCCUUAUUAUGGGGAGUGGGGAUAGUACCCAUUGAAAAGUACCUGUGGACUUGAGAGUGUAGCAGCAGAUUAUGCUUAGAGCAUUUCCUGCUACAAAUCAUGGGCACUUUCCUAUGUCUGUGGAGGUGCUUUUUGACCUCUUCUCUCCCCUCUAGUUUUAAAAAAAAAAUCUUUGGAAAGGAGUGCUGCAUGGUAUAAGAACAAAUAUGGCUAUAUUUGGUGUGAUUGAAAAAUGCACACACACACAAAUCCAGAUCAAUCACAGGUCUCACAGCUUAACGUACUUUGGCUCUAAUGGGAACAGAGGGUGAAGAAUGUUCAUAAAAACAAGGCAUUCAUUAGAAAGACAAUUCAAGCUAUUUAAAGAUUUAUUUCUAUGUAAAUUGUUUGGUGUUAAGGGAGCUGCUAAGGCAAUUUUAUAUGUGAAAUGUGUGCAAGUAUGAAAGCCAACAUAUCCCCUCCUAAAAUGGCCUAAUUCUAGCAUCCUGGACUAAAGUGUUCCUGUUAAUAAUUUAACCAGGAUUCCGCAUCUUACUAAAAAUAAAGGCAUUGAUAUUUGGUUUUACUGAGAAAUAAUGUAUGAGGUGGAUAGUAAUUAAUGUAAUAAAGGUGAGCUAGUGUUUUGGAAGUA